UCUACUGCACCUCGCCUGCUGUGCUGCCAAAGCCUUCCCCACGAGGCUGGACAUGCCCCAGCACACGAUGGGGGACACACAUUUCCUCUCNCUCCCGAAGCACCUCUUUACUAGCACAUCCUCAGCCACAGACAGCGGGUGUGACACUCCACCCAGNAGCAGAACAUCCCCAGCNUCCCUGCGCUCUGCCCAUGGCACCCUGGGCUCCUCCAGCCAACCCCUGUUUGAGCCCCAGGUUGAGAAGCGGAGUAGCCAGACAGCCCGUGAGGUGCAGUAUGUGUCCUCGGGACCACAGAACUCACUCUGCGGCUGGCAAGCCUUCACGCCCAAGUGCCUGCAGGUCUUCAACACCCCCAAGGGCUUCCUCUUCUUCCUGUGUGCAGCCUCCUUCCUUCAGGGCAUGACGGUGAACGGCUUCAUCAAUACUGUCAUCACCUCCAUCGAACGCCGCUUCGAUCUGCACAGCUACCAGAGCGGGCUCAUCGCCAGCUCCUAUGACAUCGCUGCCUGCCUAUGUCUUACCUUCGUCAGCUACUUUGGGGGCAAUGGGCACAAACCGCGAUGGCUGGGCUGGGGCGUGCUGGUCCUGGGAAUCGGCUCCCUGGUAUUUGCACUGCCCCAUUUCACUGCCGGCCGCUAUGAGGUAGAGAUGGAUGAGGGGCUGGGGACUGGGACGUGCCUGACUAAUCAGAGUCACGUGGAGUGUAAAGACAGUGCCUCAGGCCUGUCCAACUACCGGCUGAUCUUCAUGCUGGGCCAGCUCCUGCACGGUGUGGGCGCCACACCGCUCUACACACUGGGCGUCACGUACCUGGAUGAGAACGUCAAGUCAAGUUACUCACCCAUCUAUAUCGCCAUCUUCUACACGGCAGCCAUCCUUGGACCUGCAGCAGGCUACCUGAUUGGAGGAGCCAUGCUAAACAUUUACACAGAAGUGGGCCAACGGACAGAGCUGACCACUGACAGCCCACUGUGGGUUGGUGCCUGGUGGAUCGGCUUCNUGGGAACCGGGAUUGCUGCAUUCCUCAUCGCCAUCCCCAUCCUUGGCUAUCCCCGGCAGCUACCAGGCUCCCAGCGCUAUGUUGUUAUGAGAGCAGCUGAAACACAGCAGCUGAAAGACCACAGCCGCGGAGCAGUGAGCAAUCCAGCUUUUGGCAAGACUGUCAGAGACCUGCCCCUAGCAUGGUAUAUUUUGGCCCACAUCCUCCCUAUGCAGAGCUGGAGUGUGGAGCUGUGUGCUGCUGCCUCCACUGGUACUCAGAACUAUCGUGCCCUAGAUCUUAGAUUUGGUGAAGAGAAUGAGUCUUAUGGGGGGAAGCUGGAGCCCGACUCCCAGCCAGCAGGGAAGCUGGAGCCCGACUCCCAGCCAGCAGGGAAGCUGGAGCCCGACUCCCAGCCAGCAGGGAAGCUGGAGCCCGACUCCCAGCCAGCAGGGAAGCUGGAGCCCGACUCCCAGCCAGCAGGGAAGCUGGAGCCUGACUCCCAGCCAGCAGGGAAGCUGGUGCUUGUGGACGUUAGCUGGAGUGUGGAGCUGUGUGCUGCUGCCUCCACUGGUACUCAGAACUAUCGUGCCCUAGAUCUUAGAUUUGGUGAAGAGAAUGAGUCUUAUGGGGUCAGCUUGAGUGCCUCCGAGGCUGCCACCCUGUUCGGAUACCUGGUGGUGCCAGCAGGCGGUGGCGGUACACUCCUAGGUGGCUUCCUGGUAAACAAGUUCAAGCUCCGUGGCUCUGGGAUCAUCAGGUUCUGUCUGUUCUGCACCUUGACCAGCCUACUAGCCUUCUUUGUCUUCCUCAUGCACUGCCCCAACGUGCACAUGGCAGGUGUGACCACCGGCUACGUUGGGAGCCUCCUGCCUAAAGGACAGCUGGACCUAAAGGCAGCUUGCAACGCCAUCUACUGUUGCCAGCCAAAGCACUACAGUCCCCUGUGUGGCUCAGAUGGCACCAUGUACUACUCUCCCUGCUACGCAGGCUGCCCUGCCAAUGCCGAGACAGACCUGGGUGGCCAGAAGGUAUACCGAGGCUGUAGCUGUAUCAUUGAGAAGGCUUCCUCUGGCUGGGGCAAUGCUACCGCAGGGAAAUGCACUUCCACCUGUCAGAGCAAGCCCUUCCUUCUGGUUCUCGUGUUCGUUGUAAUUAUCUUUACAUUCCUCAGCAGCAUUCCAGCGCUAACUGCUACUCUACGGUGUGUCAGUGAUCGGCAAAGGUCCUUUGCCCUGGGGAUCCAGUGGAUCGUCGUAAGAACACUAGGCAGUAUUCCGGGGCCCAUUGCCUUUGGCUGGGUGAUUGACAAGGCCUGCCUGCUGUGGCAAGACCAGUGUGGUCAUCAGGGCUCCUGCUUCGUGUAUGAGAAUGAAGCCAUGAGCCGGUACAUGCUCAUCGCAGGGCUCACUUUCAAGGUGUUGGGCUUCCUCUUCUUCGUCGCCGCCUACUUUCUCUACAAGUCCCCUUCCGUGUCCUCAGAUGGCCUAGAGGCCUCCCUGCCCAGCCAGUCCUCGGCCUCCGACAGUCCCACAGAACAGCUCCAGAGCAACGUGUGACAGCGCUGGCCUCUCCACAUUUUCUGAGGACUCUUCCUGGAAACCCUGACCCACCCCCACAGGGCGGUAACACUGAGGACCUUGCAAAACUUCACACUGUGUUCUGGGGUCUUGCACUGCCCCACACUGUGACUGAGCAGCCUCUGAGGCAUUAAGGAGGAAGUCAUGUGUGUCAUAGGGGUCACAUAUGAACCAGACAUGUUCCCCAAGCCCUGGAGUCUGAAAGGGGGUCACUACAUUUCAUAGACCAUCACCUGGUCUUGAUUUCCUGUGUCUACUGAGAAGCCCCAGCAGGGCAGCAGUGCCCUGGGCAUGAUCCUGUGGAGCCAGCUAUUGGGUAUUUUGCUUGAAUCUGCUUACUGCCUGUCCUGGAAGCCCGGUGGCCUCCAUGUGGGGCAGCGACUUGAAUUGUUAUGUCCAGAUGUAUAUUUUGCACUGAAUGGUGUUUAUGGAAUCAGUUUUGUACUUGAUCAUGUGACUCAUGUCCAAGCAAACUGCAUUGAGGAUUUGAUCCCAUCUGAGGUGCCACGCAGCUUGUGUGGACAGUGUGUUUCUAUGUUUUUGGUUAGAGUAUGUACAUAAUAUAUUUUAAUAUUUAAACCAA